AAUAAAACGAAUUAGUCUCGUUGUCCCACAAUCCCCCGAAAACGGCGGAAUACCAAAACGGAAAUCAAAGCUAAACAUUAAUUAAAAACAGAAAAUAAAAAUAAAAAUAAAAUAAAAAAGCCACCACAACGUUUAUAAUCUUUCCAAACCCACAUCCAAUGAAACCCCUAUUUUCACUCGCCAUUCUUCUAUAGACACCUCUCUCUCUUAUUCUCUCCCACCCUCCAUACCAGGAGGAGCAAUCAUGGACAAUAUACCUCCACGGUGGCUCCGCCCAUCGCCGCCCUCCAUCCUCCUGGUUCUUCUUCUCUUCUCUCUCCUAUUUCUUUCAUCCAACGCCGCCAGAUUCAACGCUCCUGCCAAAUCCGAUUCCUUCUCCCCGCCGGACAAUUACCUCCUCGACUGCGGUAACUCCACCUCCACCACCCUCCCCGGAAACCGCGUCUUCCUCGGCGAUCCGGACACCAGCAAGUAUUUGUCCUACAACGGCCGAGACAUCCAGGUUUCCGCCUCCGCAGGUUCCGACUUCCCGUCGCAGAUCUACUCGUCGGCGAAGGUGUUUGAGAGUUUGGCAACGUACACUUUCCACGUGGUCCGACCCGGUUGGCACUGGAUCCGGCUCCAUUUCGCCCCGGUCCAGAACACGCAGCACGAUCUGAAGGCGGCGCAGUUUAAGGUGAGCACCAGCAGCAACCUGGUGCUGAUCCACGACUUCGAGAACGCGGCGAACGCCACGUGGUCGUUCAAGGAGUACCUGGUCAACGUCACCACCGAGCGAUUCUCCGUCGCCUUCGACCCGGCGGUGGGCAGCGUCGCCUUCGUCAACGCGAUCGAGUUCGUCUCCGCGCCGGAUAUUCUCAUCGGCGACGUAGCCACCGCCGUGUUCCCCAAAGGAGACUACUCCGGCCUCCUCAACGCCGCGUACCAGACGGUGUACAGGAUCAACGCCGGCGGCCCCACCGUCACCCCGGAGAACGACACCCUCGGAAGGACGUGGGAAUCGGAUAAGCUGUACCUGGACCCGCCGGUUGUCGGAAGCACCGCCUCCGUCGAGCCGAACGUGAUCACCUACCCCGACGGCGAGUCGCCGUUGAUUGCGCCGCCUGUGGUUUACGCCACCGCCACCCAAAUGGCGGACGCCAAUGUUAUGGCUCCGAGUUUCAAUAUUACGUGGAAAAUGAAGAUAGAUAAUUCUUUUCAAUAUCUCGUCCGUCUGCAUUUCGCCGAUAUUGUGAGCAAAUCUACUAACGAUCUGUACUUCAACGUUUAUAUUAACGGCAAACCGGCAAUAACGGCGUUAGAUCUAACAACGGCCGCCGGCGGAUUAACCGCCGCUUAUUUCGCGGAUUUCGUGGUGAACGCAACCAUGGUUUCGGGGUUCGACAAUUUGACCGUCCAAGUCGGGCCGAUGAACGACAACGCCGGCACAAAGAACGCCCUCCUGAACGGCCUCGAGGUUUUGAAGAUGAACAACUCCGUCGGCAGUCUGGACGGCGAGUUCGGAGUCAACGGCCAGAACGCCGCCGGCACGAACACGGUCAACGGAACAGUGGCCGCCGUCGGAUUCGCGAUGAUGUUCGGCGCGUUCAUCGGAUUGGGGGCGAUGGCGGUGAAGUGGAAGAAGAGGCCGCAGGACUGGCAGAAGAGGAACAGUUUCUCGUCGUGGCUGCUACCAAUUCACGCCGGCGACACCAGCUUUAUGUCGAGCAGUAAAAAUUCUCUCGGAUCGAGAAAAAGCCAGGUUUUCUCGUCGACGAUGGGGUUAGGCAGAUACUUCUCCUUCGCCGAGCUACAGGACGCCACCAACAACUUCGAUCCGGCCGCCAUCAUCGGCGUCGGAGGAUUCGGUAACGUCUACAUCGGAGAAAUCGACGACGGCCAAAAAGUCGCCGUGAAACGUGGAAACCCUCAGUCGGAGCAAGGCAUCAACGAGUUCCAAACGGAGAUCCAAAUCCUCUCCAAACUCCGUCACCGUCAUCUCGUAUCUCUAAUCGGAUACUGCGACGAGAACUCCGAGAUGAUCCUCGUGUACGAAUUCAUGGCCAACGGUCCAUUACGCGACCACCUCUACGGCAAGGAGAUGCCGCAUCUGCCGUGGAAGCAAAGGCUCGAGAUCUGCAUCGGCGCGGCGCGUGGGCUCCACUACCUCCACACCGGCGCCGCGCAGGGGAUCAUCCACCGCGACGUCAAAACAACAAACAUACUACUCGACGAGAAUUUCGUCGCUAAAAUGGCGGAUUUCGGUCUGUCGAAGGACGCCCCCACCACGGAGGGGCAGACACACGUCAGCACGGCGGUGAAGGGUAGUUUCGGGUAUUUAGAUCCUGAGUACUUCAGAAAGCAACAGCUAACGGAUAAAUCCGACGUGUACUCAUUCGGCGUCGUUUUGCUGGAAGCUCUCUGCGCUAGGCCGGCGAUUAAUCCAUCGUUGCCGAGAGAGCAGGUGAAUUUGGCGGAGUGGGCGAUGCAGUGGAAGAGAAAAGGAUUGCUCGAUAAAAUCAUAGAUCCGUCGCUUGUAGGGCACAUAAACGCCGAAUCGAUGAAGAAAUUCGCGGAGGCGGCGGAGAAGUGUUUGUCGGAGUACGGCGUCGAUAGGCCGACCAUGGGAGAUGUGCUUUGGAACUUGGAGUACGCUUUGCAGCUGCAGGAGGCGUCGUCUCAGGGGAAUAAUGUGGAGGACGCGGCGGCGGCUCCGGUUGUUGUGGCGGUGGCUGGUGAUGAUUCCGCCGCGGAUAAUAGGGCGGUGACUCCGGCGGCGGCGGCGGCGGGUGAGGCGGAUGAUAAAAGUUCUGGUGAAAUUUCGGUAAUUGAGGAGCACUCUGGAACUGCUAUGUUUGCUCAGUUUGCUGCUCUGAAUGGGAGAUAAAUAAAUAAAUUCAAAUAAUGUUGUAUUUAUUGGGUUAUUAAGAAUUUGAUUUUAA